GAUAAGAACCACAGCAGCCAUCGGCCUGCCUGCACUGAACGCAGGACCUUGCCAGCACCCUCUGCUGAAACACGCACCAAAGCGCGCAGAUUUCUGUAAAGCCUUGGGAAGAAAGUAAGAUUAUCACUGCUACGGCUCACCGGCAGUUCAGUACUCCAGCCGAGUGGUCCUUCAAGAACCGAAAUGGCAAGCGACGCUUUCACGUACAUCGAUGGCCUGUACAUCGGCAAGGCUUUUCCCGAAGACGCCGUGAGAUCGACCAUCGCCUACAAGCCGCGAGCGGGAGACCUGUUCAUCGUAACUUACCCCAAGUGCGGCACUUCAUGGAUGCAGCAGAUCGUCUACAACAUACUCACCGACGGCAACAUACCGGACGACAAGACGGACGCCAUCCUGCGCUUGCCUUUUCUCGAGAUCCAAGGAGCCGACGCCGCAGCGCACGCACUCAAGCCGGGAGCCUUCAAGACCCACCUGCCCUUCUGGAUGAACCCUUACUCGCCCGACGCCAAGUACAUCUACGUCGCCCGAAACCCGUACGACUGCUGCGUGUCCUUCUACCACCACACCAAGAACUUUGACACGUACCACUACGAAGACGGCACGUUCGACGACUUCCUCGACAAGUUCGUCGACGGCAAAGUGGACUUCGGAGACUACUUCGACCACCUCUUGUCGUGGUACGAGCAUCGCGACGACCGUAACGUCCUCUUUGUCACCUUCGAGGACAUCAAGCGUGACCCGAGGGCUUGGAUACUGCGCGUGGCCUGACUUCAUGGGCGAGGCUUACUGGAGCCAAACUACGCGACGACGAAGCCUUGCUGGACAAGAUCGUGAACGCCGUCUCGUUCGAAAAUAUGAA